UCCAGCUAACAGUCGUCAGCUCUGAGCUCACAGGGAGAGAGGGAUGCUUCUCAUUAAAGAUAUUCUCAAAAGUUUGAGGAUAUAACCGGCGGACACCGAAUAUCCACCCCGACUCAUAUGCGUCUGUGAAAGGUCCUCAGAUCUCAACCAUGUGUGGACGGAGCAGGGCGGCCCUUCUGCUCCUGUGGGCGGGCUCGUUCGCCACCAGCGGCGUCCUGGGCGGGAAAAGCUCCGGGCAGAACGGCAUGACGGACGAGCAGGAAGACAACACCACCGUGUUCACCAAGAUCCUCGACAGUCUCCUGGACGGCUACGACAACCGCCUCCGGCCGGGCCUCGGAGAGCGCGUCACCGAAGUGAAGACGGACAUCUUCGUGACGAGCAUCGGACCCGUCUCCGACCACGAGAUGGAGUACACCAUCGACGUGUUCUUCAGGCAGAGCUGGAAGGACGAGAGGUUAAAGUUCAAGGGGCCGAUGGCCGUGCUGCGGCUCAACAACCUGAUGGCGAGUAAGAUCUGGACGCCGGACACGUUCUUCCACAACGGGAAGAAGUCUGUGGCGCACAACAUGACGAUGCCCAACAAGCUGCUGCGCAUCACGGAGGAGGGCACGCUGCUGUACACCAUGAGGCUGACGGUGAGAGCAGAAUGCCCCAUGCACCUGGAGGACUUCCCGAUGGAUGCCCACGCGUGUCCGCUGAAGUUUGGCAGCUAUGCCUACACUCAGGCCGAGGUGGUGUACGUGUGGACCAGGGGGGCGGCCCAGUCCGUGGUGGUGGCCGAGGACGGGUCCCGGCUGAACCAGUACGACCUGAUGGGGCAGAGCGUGGACUCCGGGGUGGUGCAGUCCAGCACAGGAGAGUACAUCGUCAUGACGACCCACUUCCACCUGAAGAGGAAGAUCGGGUACUUUGUGAUCCAGACGUACCUGCCGUGCAUCAUGACCGUCAUCCUCUCCCAGGUGUCCUUCUGGCUCAACAGGGAGUCCGUUCCCGCCAGGACGGUGUUCGGAGUGACCACGGUCCUGACCAUGACCACCCUGAGUAUCAGUGCCAGGAACUCUCUCCCCAAAGUGGCCUACGCCACGGCCAUGGACUGGUUCAUCGCCGUGUGCUACGCCUUCGUCUUCUCCGCCCUCAUCGAGUUCGCCACGGUCAACUACUUCACCAAGAGGGGCUACGCCUGGGACGGGAAGAGCGUGGUGCCAGAGAAGCCAAAGAAGAAGAAGAAGGAGUCGCUCCCGAAGAAGAACAACACCACCGCCUACCCGGCUGCCACGGCCACGGCCUUCGCCCCCAACAUUGCCAGGGACCCUGGAUUGGCCACGAUUGCCAAAAGCGCCUUGGCGCCCCCGAGCGAUCCCAAGGAGGAGCCCAAGCCCAAACCCCCCGAGGCCAAGAAGACCUUCAACAGCGUGAGCAAGAUCGACCGGAUCGCCAGAAUAGCCUUCCCGUUGCUCUUUGGAACCUUUAAUCUGGUCUACUGGGCAACCUACUUGAAUAAGAAGCCCAAACUCCAGGGGAUGGAUCCACUCUAAUCCAUGUUGCAUACCUUUUUAAAAAAAGUACACCUGUAUUCUUCUUCUUCUUCUUCUUCUUUUUCUUUCUUCUCCUUUGUUCAUUUCAGUUCUUCUUCCUUCUGAAAACAGGUGCCAUUCAUGUUCAGACAAACAUGGUGUCCAUGCUGGUUUGAAGUCCCAGUCGUUGCGUUGCUUCUAUGUUUACCUAAAGGUUUGAACAUUUUGAAAAAAACAAAAUAGAGAAAAAAAAAGAGAGAGAAAGAGAGAGAGAGAGAGAGAGAGAGAUAGCUAUACAGACUUUUGAAAGUAUGAUGUUCAGGUCUCGGGUGAUGCUACUAAAAAAAUGCUACUAUACAUAUAUAGCCCAGAGAAUGCUCUUCUACACCUCCACAAGGCCCAGACCUGGAACGGGCUUUUAUUUCUGUGUGAGUUCUUUUGAUUUGAUGUGUUAUUUGUUUCAACAUGGAACCACAGACACGGUAAAGGGCGCUGGUGUAUAUGCAUGGGCAGGGCAUCUUCUUCUUUGUUUACGUAUUCAAGAAACAAAUCAACACUGACGACACACACAGCGGAGUUCGUUUGACGUCAGCUAUGCUCAUUGUCCAAGUUAUUUGUAGAUGUUUCACGAGAAUAAUUACGUCGUUCUUGAAAAUACUUUAGGGUUUCUGCAAUAGCAAUAACACAUGUCUCACUCCAUUUAUUUAGGGAUUAAAAACAAGAUGAAAUAAAUUCAAUCAUAUCUGUGCUCAGCA